AUGUCUGCCAACUUACUCUCUCUAGCUGGCUGGACAUUUCUACCAAAUCUGGUAACAGGAUGGGUCCAGUCCAUCUUCUACGGAAUAACGAUUCGAGCCGGUGAUCCCAAACCACAACCCGGGUCUCCCAAAUUUAUGCUGCACCGCCGGCGCAUCCACAUCAUGGUAGUAUCCGCCUACCUCCUCUACACAAUAUACGAAGCAGACUGGGAGAUCCGACGAGCCUCCGACUUUUACCAAGACCUAGGCAUCCCACACAGCUCCACGGAGCGCGAUAUAAAAUCCCGUUUUAGACGACUGGCAGCAAUUUACCACCCCGACAAAGUCUCCGCCUCCUCUCCCUCCUCAGAAGGCUACUUUGUCCACCUAAAAACCGCACAAGACACCCUCCUCAGCCCAGCAAAACGCUUCGCAUAUGAGCGGUUCGGCCCCGACAUGCUGUCCUGGCAGCGUUGCGCCAGCAUACAGGAUUAUGUGCUACACGGCCUGCAAAGCAUCCUCCCCUACUACGGGGUCGCCGCUCUCGCCAUGUACAUAUUAGGCCUGCUUGGCUAUCUAGACUGGGGCAAAUACUGGCGCUGGUUGACAGUCAUCUGCCUCUGCGUUUUCGAAAUCCAUGCCGUUACACGCCCAUAUUUCCCAGCUGUGGCAGCGAAACUUAUAAACCCUCUCUUAACAACAUUCACGUCUCACCCGCCCUACCUCCCCUUCCAACUCAUCGCACUUUGCAAGAAAAUGAGCGUCACGCUCUACAUCGCAUUCUCUCAAAUCGGACCUUUGCUAGAAACGCCCAACACGGUGUCUUCCAACGCGAAUGCGGAAGUAGCGCUGAGGCAGCAGAUGGAUCGGCUGGACGCGACUGCCAAAGCGGCGGAGUUUGAGACGACGAGAUUGAUGGCGAUGGAGAUGAGUCCUUUUAUUGGGGAUGAGCAGGCGCUGACGGGACUGAAGGAGAAAGUCAAGGAGUGGUUGGUGCAGAAUACUAUUCGGAAUGAUCCGGAGGUUCGGGAUGCGGUAGGGAAUUUGUUGAAAAGGAGACGACCGGAUGCGCCGGCAGGGGCGAGGGGGAACAGAUAG